UUGAUAUUAGCCAUUUUUUGUAAUGGCUGUCCGAGCAUAGCAACACAACAAACUAUCGGAAAACUAACUGAAAUACAACAAAUUACGGUAAAACAUGAGUUCCAGUGGUGAGGAAGAUGAAACUGGACCAAGCGUUGAUUCAAUGGAUCCAGAGGAGAGAAUCCAAGCAAGACGAGAGAGAAUAAAUCGACGAAUUGAUGCAGCGAAAAGAGCUGAACUUGGGGAAGAUCCUAAUGACAAAAAGGAGGUCAAAGAAGAACUCAGCAAGAGCCGGAAGCAGGUUGAACAGAGUCGUCUAAGAUUGACAAAGUUAAAGCAGGAUGGCAACGAGCUAGUAACAAAUAUACGAGUUGCUGGAGAUUCCCGUGAAGCAGCAAGACGUGCGGAGGAUGAUGAUGCAAAGAGACAGAGGAAAGACAGACUGGAGCAGGAAGCCAAAUCAGGGGCAGAAAAGUUCGAAGAGAUCACAAAGAAAUGGGAGCAAGCAUUACAAAAAGAGAUUCCUCAGUCUUUGUAUCAGAUGUUGAGACAACAAAAAGAUGCAUGCAAAGCAAUUGUUCUGGAUAAAAACAAACUCAUUAAAGACUUUCAAGAGGAGUUGCAAAAGAAAGAUGACUUGUACAUAAAGGAUCUGAAGAAGCAAGCUGAUGAUAUCGAUUUGAUGAUUGAGAGAAUGGAAGAGCAGAUCAAAAGUCUGAGUACAUCGUACAAAACAGAGAUUGAGGAGAUUGAGAGAGCAUUUGUGGCAGAGAGGAAUGAAUUGUUAGAGCAACAUAAAAAGAAAUGGGAGGAGAGAAUGGAAUUCAGAAGACAGAAGGAAAUAGAGUACAUGAAGGCUCGGGAGAAGAGAGUGGAAGAUUAUGAACAACAGCUCCAUAACAUUAGAGUGCAGGAUGCAGAGGAAUACAACAGGAUCAAGAUCCGAAUGGAAACUGAUGUCCAGAUUUUGGAACAGCAAUUACAGCAGAUGAGGGCAACUUACCAGUUAAACCAGGAGAAACUAGACUACAACUUCCAGGUGUUGAAGAAGAGGGAUGAGGAGAACCAGAUUACUAGGAACCAACAAAAGAGAAAAAUCACCAGGUUACAAGAUGUGUUGAAUGGACUGAGGAUAAAGAUAGCAAAACAGGAGAAGCAAUACAGGGAUGAAAACCAGCAGCUAACAGAGGACUACAAGAGAAUCACAGAACAAUUCAGGGAUCUCCAGAGGAAAUCAAGGCAUUUUAUGCAGGCUGAUUCUAAGAAGUUUGAGGAUGUGUGGUGCAUGAAUGAGGCGGAGUGCAAGGAGCUGGUGACCACACUGGUGGAGGCUGAUAGGGCCAUCCACGAACAACAGCUGGGAAUACAGUAUCAAAACCCAGACCUGUCCUUUGCAGACAAUGUUGGCCCCAUUAAGAGUGCUGCAAGUCAGAAAGGAGGCAUGUCUGCUCAACAGCUGGUCCAAGAAAUUUUGUCACAAGCUGAGAGCCAAGGCGAGAAGGAGGAGGAGGAGGAUGAUGACAUUCCCUCAGACAGGAAGCUUCCCAAGAGCACCCUGCUGUCCAAGAUCUCUGCCACCACCAUCAAAAGUGUGCUGGAAGUUCUGUGUGACGAAUCGGGAUUUUUGGUUGAGUCCAAGCUGAACAAACUCUUGGCUCCUUUGGAGAAGGACGAGAGGUCUCUGAUGAAGUUGGAUGCCAUCUUCAGUGCUCUAGGAAUUGACACAGAGGAGGAUGUCCAUUUGCUGGCCAGUUACUUCAUGCACGUCAAGGGGGGCAAGAAGCCAGAAGAGGAGGAAGAAGAGAAGGAAACAACAAUGGAGGAAACCCAGACAGAAGGAGAUAUGGAUGAUAUUGAUGCCGAAAUCAGAAAAUUGACAGGCAAGGAGGGUGAUGUUGAUUCAUCCAAGAGUGAAACGAUAGAGUUGAUCCACCACAAUGAAGUGAUGAAGGCUCUGAGAGCCUUUGUAGAGGAGAACAGACAACCAUCCAAAGAGAGGGUGAAACAGUCCCAGUUUAAGAUUGCCUCCCUGGAGGAGCGAGAUAGUUCCGAGGACUCGGACUACUGGGCCAGCUAUGCCAAACUAGUGGAUGAGAAGAAAGAGAGGCUCUGGGAUGCUCUUGUAGAAGGACUAGAGAAAUACAGUGAAGUUCUGACAUCCAGAUCUGGCCUCAUAAAUGAGACUGAUGCUCUUCGCCAACAAAAUGCCGAACUCCGAAUGCUACUCCAUCAAUAUGUGAAUUCAAAGGUUAAUGCUGAAUUGGAAAUUCCACCAACAAGAGUUUUACAGCUUGAAAUGAAUCCUCGAUAAGGUGUAAAGCUAUUUCAAAAGAUAAGAAAGAAGAACAUAUUGUUUUUAAGUGAUCCGUCCGAACAUUCAGUUUAAACUCUGUCAGGAGUAUGUGUGAUAUUUUCUGUUAAAUCUGUGUAUAACAUGUACUAUUACUUUGUUGUAAAUAAAUACAAAACUCCGAAGA